UCCAGCGACUGUCUGUAGUCUGACUGCUCAAAAUCCACUGCUAUGUGAACCGAAUGCUUUAGGCUGUCCUGUGUGUCAGCGUUUUAAACACGGCAUUCGAACACUAUUCGCCUGUUAUUUGUUAGUUGUGUUUAUCUAAAGUUGUGUACAAUCAGGAAGCAGGGGCAGAUAGUCAUAGACCUUCCUCACGGGCCCAGCGGCGACGUCCUUCAGCUGAACCCGGGAUUUGAACCAAUGACCUUGACGGGCACAAUAUCCUAUCCUGCUGAGCUGCACACCACCCGCCACAAGCAACAGGAUUAACAUAAGCUUGAACCCAGGGCCUUUGGCACAGCAGGGGCCUGUACUACGAAGUGGGGUUACUGGCUUAUCGGGGUAACUUGUUGGAUUUAAGGUAGUCUGAGCAAAAUGUAAGUGAACGAAUAUGAAGUCCGUUUAAACUGUGGUACCUUAAAUCCAACAAGUUUCCACGAUAAGCCAGUAACCCCGCUUCGUAGUACAGGCCACAGGACUGAUUUCUAACCAGUUGAGCUAUUUGUGAUUUAAUAAUAAUUAUUGAUUUUCAUGUGGAAAUUUACACAUCUUCCAACUCGCUCAUUGUAUGUGACACCCACCUGUUGCAAAACCCAGGGAGAUGGGGGUUAAGGGCUUUGCUCAAGGAGCCACAGACAUGCCGAGGCUGGGCUCGAUCCAGCAACCUUCUGAUCACAAGCACGGAGGCUUAGCCCACUGAGCCACAAAGUUGCUUAUUGUAUAAUGUGCACAAUUCAAAUUACAUCGCACCAAACGCAUGAGUUGAGAAAUCAGUUCCAAACCGUUUGAGAAAGCAUCUGAAAGGGACAAGCUUUACAAUGAAUCGUAGUUUAAGAUUUUGUUUAAUCCCAGCUCUUGGGCAGUUAAGUGAAAUUAUAGUGAAGUGAACAGACUGUGUUUUCACAAAAACUGGUAAUGGUUUACUAAUUUGUUUUUCUGCUGCAGAUACUUUUCAGAAGCAUAUGUUAAAAUGAGUCAUAAAAGAUUGGUUCGACCGUAUGAAUUACCUGUCGACUGAAUCAUGUAAGUCAGCAGAGCUCAGAUGGGAUGAACUCCGGCUCUGGAUGAACACAGACGUCCUCAGGGCUCAGGUCUUCGGGCGGCUUGCACGUAACGUACGGUCUCUCACCGGCAUCGCCUACUUCGGCCGUGCACAGCAGUGCUUCUCCGUGUUGAGAGACACAGCCCCUACGCUGAGGUUUAGUAGGUUUGAUCACAUAACAUCUCGAAAGGCACCGUCAGGAACACCAGGGUUUAAAUCACAGAGGAAGACAUCUCUAGAUGUUCACCUGAAGAUCCAGAAUAUGUCCAAGUUAGCCAGUGACACACAGGUCUUUGGGGUCCAGCUCUAACAUGACCAGCAAAGGAUGAUGGGAUUACAGAGGACAGGAUGAUGGCUGUAACCGGACAGCGCCCCCCUGUGGUGCUUUAAUCUUGGGACCUGGCCACCCUUUGGGUCCAGUGACAUGCAGAACAUGCGACAGGAGCCCAAGGGAAAAACCCAGUAGGCCCCGGUUUGCAUGUGGCCCGCAGUGAUUCGGAUCCUAACAGUGCUGUCACGUGGUGACAGCUAACAGGGUCGUUUGGGAAAACCUAUUAAUAUUCAUAAAUGAAGCUCUUCCUGAUUGGCCAGUGAAUGCCUUAGGCUGAAAAAAAUAAGCAGCACAUGUCGAUGGGAGCGUGUUCACUGGCCAAUCAGGUAGCCAUUCUCAUAAAUAUGAAUAACUUGACCAAUCAUGUAGCGCUUCUCUGGGGAAUAUGAAUAAAAUUUCCCGAACCACCCUGUAAACAAAAAAAUUCGCCUGCCGGCCCUUCUCCAGCUAAGCGGGACGGCGAAACGCUUAGCGUUAGAAGCCCCCGCUGUAAUUAGGACAUGCCCUCCCCCCAGCAAAUGAGAACAAUUAAAUGGUUUCAGGGCUGGAACUGGAUGACUCCACCAUGAUUGUGUGUUUUGAUGCGUCAGUCUUCGUCCCGUCGGGAGCAAAGGGCAGCAGGAUGAUCCCGCUCGCGAUUGGUCAUUUCCCACAGGAGGCAGAGGAGGCUGCUGGCGUGACGUCACCAGGGGCGGCGAGUCACCAGCAAGGCUGCAGAACCGCAGGCCAGCUUGCUUUCUUCUUGGAUCAAACGUUCCAAACCCCAAUAGCGGGCAAUUCGAGUUUCUACACCAAGCCAAUGCAAUGGUCUGAACCCUCCCAACUACUUAUUAACAGAUGAAGCGUUAAGAUUUCACUCCGUUUUCAGGGGCAACAUUAUUACUUAGAGCCACAUGCAUGGGCUUCCAUUUGCGAUUUUUUUGAUUGUGUUAAACGUUUUUGCAAAUAACCGAUUGUACGUUUUGAAGAAUCAUAGCUUCAGAUUUUAUUUUGUAUGCCGGUAUACCAAAGUUUUAUAGGAAGGUUUAUUGUUUAACUAUUUCCCCCAGAAAUUCAUAAAUGUUAACUUCUCAACUGUUUAAUCAUCUGUAACAAAUUGCGUUACACUUGAAGUGCACUAAGACGUUUGUAAUUAUUUCAAUAAAACCCCUUAUUGCACGUGUGGGAUGGUAGUCUCCGUUCAUUAAAAUCAUUCAGGAUUCCCACGCUGUGUUCCUCUCAAUUCUUCCGCUUAUUUUGACGACUGUCAUGGGAAGGAUGAGCCGACAGAGGCCAGUGAAGCGAGUCUCGCAGAAUGACGCCAGCACCCACCGGAAAGAUGAGAAACCCAGCGGCCCACACCGUAAGGACAAGGAGCGGAAGAAGAAGGCAGACAUGGGCAAGCUCUUCAUCAAUAUCUCCAUUGGCCUCUGCAUCUUCAGCCUGGUGUGGUUCUUCUACGCCCUGUACAUGCGCUCCUCACUGGCCAGGCGAGUUGUCACCCUGCAUCCCUCGCCCCAGGUCCUCCACGAUAACAGCACCAGUGCCACUGUGUCCCCUCAGCGCUUCUGGGGCUCCUACAGGCCACAGGUCUACUUCGGCAUGAAGACGAGGAGUCCCAGGUCCAUGGUGACGGGGCUGAUGUGGAUGCGGCAGUCCCCUGAGGUGGAGGUGAGCCUGAGGCACACAUGCGAGCAGGGUGACCGGCUGCACGGUUACGGGUGGCUGGCGCAUGACGGCCUGAGCUUCGGCGUCCAGGAGAUCCGGGAUACCGACUUCAUCCUCACCACCGAGUUCGUGAAGCGACCGGGAGGGGAUCACGGUGGGGAUUGGACCUGGAGGGUGACCGCCAAGCAGCAGAGCUCCGCCCCCCAGCCACCCAUCAUCUCGUUGAUGUUCUAUGUGGCGGCAGACACCCAGGGCUCCCUGCAGGCGCACGUGGAGGAGCGUGGCCGCCUGAGCUCCGUCACGGGCUCCUCCGAGGAGCUGGGCAGCUUCAAGGUGACCUUUGGGAAGCCCACUGCCGGGGAGGCUGCGGGCACCAAAUAUGCCAGUUACAAUCACCUGAAGACUGUUAGCCCCGGUCUGGAGAAGCUUACUGACAUCGUCCGCAACAGCCUGAGCCGCAGGUUCGUCUUCAGUCCCCCUUCAGGCGAGAGGAGACCCUACAUUGGCGUGGACGUCCACCGUCCCCCCCCACAGCCCCAGCAGCAGAAACAAAUGGACCCCAGGAAGGAGAGCGACUUCGUGCUGCACCAGGUCACAGUGCAGACCCCCUUCCAGAUCGAGGUCCUCUUUGAGUCUGGAAGCUUCCGGGAGCGGCCCAACCAGCUGGCAGGCCGGGUUAUGACGGAGGCGCUAGAGGAGAAGGUAGCAGCAUUCAACGGCAAGUUCGAGGAGACCUUUGGCCUACAGGGCAAGGGAUUUACCCCUGGCCAAGUCAAGUUCGCCAAGGCAGCCCUCAGCAACAUGCUUGGAGGGAUGGGCUAUUUCCAUGGCCAGUCCAUCGUGCAGUCGUCCUACAACGAGCACCCCUUACUGUACCCCGAGGGGAGCUUGUUCACCGCUGUCCCCUCGCGCUCCUUCUUCCCCAGGGGCUUCUUGUGGGAUGAGGGCUUCCACCAGCUCCUGGUAGGUCGCUGGGACCCCGAGGCCACCCGCGAGGCUCUGGCGCACUGGCUGGACCUGAUGAACGCGGAUGGCUGGAUCCCGCGUGAGCAGAUCCUAGGCGACGAGGCGCGCAGCAAAGUGCCCGCUGAGUUUGUGGUGCAGUGGAACGAGAACGCCAACCCGCCCACACUCUUCCUGACGCUCCAGGCGCUGCUGGACGCCGAGUCCUCGGGGCGCCGCUCUGCGGCCACUGAGGGCUUCUUCCGGCGGAUUUUCCCGCGGCUACGUACGUGGUUCGAGUGGUACAAUGUCACACAGUCUGGCCCACUGCCCGGUUCGUACCGCUGGCGGGGGCGGGACAAGGACGUCAACCUCUUCCUGAACCCCAAGACUCUGACGUCGGGGCUGGACGACUUCCCCCGGGCCUCGCAUCCGUCAGCCGACGAGCGCCACGUGGACCUGCGCUGCUGGAUGGCACUGGCUUCCAGUAUCAUGGCCCGUGUGGCACAGCUCCUGGGUGAGCCAGCCAGCGACUACCGGCGUGCAGAGCGCGAGUUGAGCGACAAUGCACGGCUGGCCGAACUGCAUUGGUCUGAGCAUUUGGGUGCUUUUGCCGACUACGGGAACCACACCCCUGCUGUGUCAUUGGUCCAGGAAAAGGUGUAUAUACCCCCAGGGCAGCCCCGGCACCAGUUCCCUGCAGCCCGCUUGGUACGCUCCGUCCGCCGCACCCCCAAGCUCCAGUACGUCAAUGCUCUGGGCUACGUCAGCCUCUUUCCCUUCCUACUCCACCUCCUGACCCCCGACUCCCCCAAACUGGGGCACAUCCUACGUGACAUGAGGGACCCUGGCAAGCUGUGGACCCCCUACGGCCUACGCUCGUUGUCCAAGGCUGACCCCAUGUAUAUGAAGCGCAACACCGAGCACGACGCCCCCUACUGGCGAGGUCCCAUAUGGAUCAACAUCAAUUACCUGGCUGUGAGGGCCUUGUACCACUACGGCAACAUGGACGGGCCGUACCGGGAGUCCGUGGCGGCGCUGUACCAGGAGCUCAGGACUAACAUCAUCAACAAUGUUUACAAACAGUACAUGGAAACGGGUUAUAUCUGGGAACAGUACAAUGACACCACGGGGUGGGGUCAGGGGAGUCACCCCUUCACGGGUUGGUCGGCUCUCGUCAUGCUGAUCAUGGCUGAGCAGUACUGACACGCCGGUCCACAACGACGUCACACGUGCCAAGUAAUUUUUUUUUGUUUUUAACUUCUUGUCUCUGUACAAAUUGUUGUAUAGACGUGUUCUAAUGACAUCGACAAUGUUCUCGUUUCUGUGAGGGAAUAAAAUGUAAUUAAGGGUCCGGGGAUGAAGACUUCUGAGUUUUUCUUGACUUAAAAUUUAUACGAAACCCCACUUAAAUUGCACUGAAGGUCAUAUUCAGGGAGCGAUCUGAGUAAGAGUGCGUACAUCCUUCAAAAGGUACCACGUUUACACAUUGUGAAACCCAGUAAAAACAUUGCUGAUAAUUUUUUAAAUACUAAAAUAAAGCAGUUUUGAUCCCCA